AUGGCCACCCGACUGCUGCGCUCGUGCGUUGCCCUCGUAUCCGUCCUGGUCUGGCCAGCAAUUUUAUUGACUGUCUUUCCGUUCGCCGUUCUCGCUUUCUCGCCAAUGAUCGCGCUCGGCCUCUGCAGCUCCGACAGCGCUGUCGGCAUCCCUCCCGCCCUCCUCGCCUGGCGUCGCCUUCCAUACCUGAUUCCGACGAUGCUCUUUGUCGACCUGCCAAUCGCCGUCUUAUUUUUCUUAGUGAUAGCACUCUUCGAGCUUCUGUUCCUCCGAAACCCCCUCAUCCUCGCCGUCUACAGCCGCUGCCACGCCUCACGGCUUCCCUACCGCCAGCUGACGUCCCCCGACGCCGAGUCCGGUCUUCACGCUCGUGAACGGUCGCGCGCAAAUUCCAACGACGGCGCCCGCUACCACGAGCACGCCUCCAUCUGGGCUGCCCUCGAGGGCGACGGCGACAUGGUCCGGCCGGGAGAUGUGCGGCUGAUCAGUCUGAACUGGCUCUUGGCGCUGGCAGAGCGGGGCGGCGUGCUCCCGCGGCGGCAGGACCUUCCAGAGGAGGCGUUCUUAAGCUCUGCUCAGCUGAGGCGGAUCGAGCAAAGCGCCAGGCUCGGCUUCAACUCCGCCGGCUCUGGGGAGGCCUUUGAGCGCUUCAUCAAGGAGCCCUCCCCCUCAUCCUUUCUCGGGUUUUUCAUGGGCUUUUUCGGCCGCAAGCGCAACCCCGACGGGCUGCUUCCCAUCGUCUCCGUCUCCUACUGCUGGCUCGAGGCGGCGCAUCCGGAUCGAGAGGGCCGCCAGCUCCAGCUGCUCUGCCGCAAGCUGCGGGGCCUCUACGGCGGGCGCGGCCUGCUCGGCGCGUGCCGCGAGUACGGCUUCUCGGACAUGGGCGUGUUUCUGGACUGGUGCUCGGGCUACCAGAAGGACCCGGCGCAGUGGCGGGAGUGGAUGUCGGCGGCUGUGGAGGCAGCAGCCGUGAAGAUACAGGCGCUCCUCCGCGGCCGACUAUCGCGGGGUAACAGUCUGUUGGAUCUCCCACGCCGCGACAGUCAUACGGCCAGGCAUCAGUACGAGGCGCUGCCGGACGGGGCGCUGACCUUGAGGGGGAGCGGAGAGCUGAGAGAAAUGGAGGGCGGAGAGCGGAUGGUCGCCGAGCGGCGCGCGUACGAGGAGAGCCGGUCGGGCGAGGAGAAGGCCGCCUUCGGUCGCAUGCUGGAGAACACGAUGGACCUCUGGUACACGCACGCCUCGGUCACUGUCGUGCUGCUCACGCAGCUGCCCGACGAGCUGCCCGCCGGCUUUGACCGAAGCCGGACCUACGACGCUCGCGGCUGGACGACAUUCGAGCGGUGCUCCGCAGAGCUGGGCGCAAAGCCCGCCUGUUUGGGCUUUGCCAAGUGGAAGCUCGUCAUCGACGUCGCCAGCGACGACGGCGGCGCUCAGCGGCGGCUCCCCGCGACUCCGGAGCGCAUGGCGAAGCUGCUCGCCGCUUGCCGCUUCACCAACGGCGCGGACUCGUCGACCGUGCUGACGCUCUACGAGAAGACGGCGAAGGCAGUGCUGGGCACCGUCGAGAAGCUCGACUACAGGGGUUUGCCGAUCGUGCGUGGCGACGCGUGGACUAGCCCGGCGCUGUUGGCGGAGGCGCUGAACUAUUGCGAGAGCCUCCGGUACCUCGGCUUAGGAGGGGCGCGCCUCGACGACGAGGGCGUGGCGGAGCUUGCAGCAGGGCUCGAGGAUGGCGCGCUCCCGGCGCUUGAGUCCCUCAUCGUAGCGUCAAACCGCUACGGCGCGCGCGGCGUCGGCGCGCUCUGCGGCGUGUUUCAUCGCGGCGUGGCGCCGACUCUGCAGACACUCGCCGUCGGUUUCACGCCUAUUGGAGAUGAGGGAGCCGCGGCGCUAGCUACGGCGCUGGCGACGGGCAAGCCGUCCCAUGCGCUGGUCUUGACGUUCUGCGACGUGGGUGACGAGGGCGCGAUGGCUGUCGCGGCUGCCCUCCCGGCCGCGGGUCAGGGAUUUCGCGUGACCGCCAUGUGGAAUCCGAUCGGUCUCACGGGCCAGGCGGCACUACUAGAGGCGCUCGAGACGAAGCACGGGCCGCAGCUGGGGCAUGCGCUAGCGGUGAUGCAGGUUAGCUUGCUUCCCAUGUCGACCUCGCUCGUGCGCGCGUGGGGGCGAGGCUGGCGCCGUGUGGAAGAGAGCGGCCGAGUCAUCAUAAUAUGA